AUGGAAGAACAAACCUCCUUGGAAGAAUUUUCAAUACCAAUCCAUGUUAAUACAUUUGCCUUUCCCAAUGAGCAUCAAUUACGAUUGGUCCACGAAGUCUAUCGACCAUCGGAGAAGGUUCAGAAACUUGAAAGGCAUCGCAGCACCUAUCCUGAACUGUUUAUUGAAAAUUACAAUUUGGGAACAUUGGCAGACCUUGCGGUACGUUCUUUGGCUAGGGCAUAUGGUCCUGAUCCUUUACCCAUAAUUACCGAAGAUCCUUUGAAAUUAACGGUACAUUAUGAUGCGUUGGAUGUGAAUCUUCCCUUAAAACAAUGCUAUCACCUCACCAAUGAGAGGUUUUGGAAGAGAGUGGUCUUGAGUAAACAUCCGGAUAAGAGUUUGGGGCUACAGCCCCAUGUGAAUUGGAAAAAUGUGGGAGUUUCCUUGAAACUACAGGAAAUGGUGGAAGCUUGUCCUGCAGAAUAUUGGCCGGAGGAGGAAAUGAGGGAGUUAUUGCAGAUGAUUCAGGAAUUUGUCCACGAACUCCACAUCAAGCGUUUACAGUCUUUGAUGGAAAGGUCUUUUGAGAAAUAUUAUCGACCGCAAAUCGAUACUUCGUCGGAUGAAGAUGAUGAGUCUAACGAAGAGGUUACUGAUUCAACUGUUCCCACCUCAGAAGAAGAGGAGGGCGAGGCGGAAGCAGCAAACGAGUUAUUCUCCUUUAAGACUGAAUCCCAAAUAGCUUUGGCUGAACACUUGGCCGAAGAAAAAGCCAAACGUAAAAUGGCACGACAAAUUCUUCGACAAGAUAAAGCCAAUGCUCGUCGGGAGAGAGAAGAACGUCGGGCAAAACGUGAAGCGAAACGUCUUGAGAAGGAACAACCUCCAGAGAAACCUAAAAAGAAGAAAACGAAACAACCGAAUAGUGUCUUUGAGAUAGAAAUUUCCGAAAGUGAAGAUGAUGGGGAGCAGUAUAUUUUGGAUCGUCGGAAUUUGGAGCUCUAUUUGAAUCAUCUUCGAGGCUACAGCUAUCCACCGGAACAUUGUCAUCACAUAGAUCUUAGUUUUGUACAACAUUUGAAGAGUUUAACAGAGUUUACCAUCGAGUUUUUGGGGCCUCUUCAGGGUAGACAAUAUCAUCACAGACAUUUCAAUUUUUCCCAUGAUGAUAUCAAGAGGUUGGCUCAGGGCAUAUCAUUCCUAUCGCUAUUAAAAAUAUUUCGUUUGCGCAACAGUCGAAUGGAUUCCGAAAAACUUUUAACCCUGAUACGAGGCUUAAAAGAUUUACCCCACUUGGAAACUGUGGACUUUGGCUGUGAUCAGCUAAUGGAUGAUUGUGGCAAUGCUCUGUAUGAGCUCUUCGAAAAUACCACAAGUUUGCGAAAUUUAGAAUUGGAAUCGAAUCAAUUGUGUGAAGAAACGCUAAGGACAUUGGGAGAAUCUAUAAACCACUACAGCCAAGGAACUUUAGAAUAUUUGGGUUUAGCACGAAAUCCCAUAACGGAUGAGGCUCUGCAUGCCUUGAUUUCAAAUAUUGUCGAUACCUCACAUAUCUCUUCGUUGAAUUUAAAGAGUGUGACUUAUUUAACAGACGAUGGGUUUAUUUGUUGUCUGGCUCAUGAAUUAUUGAGGGAACAUCCCGUUUUAAUUUCUUUGGAUAUUACAGCUAUUCCCCUUAGCCAAAAAGCUGCGGAUCAGUUGAUGAUAUCGUUGAAUUUAAAUCAGAAAAUUAAAGAUGUGAAAUAUCUUGGCUGUGGCCUGGAUGAAGAAACGGAGUUGGAUAUUGCUCUGAUUUUGAAACGGAAUAAAUUUAUUGCCGAAAAUCCAUAUAUUGGAGAUCAAACGAAAACCGAUGAAGAUAUCGACGAGUAUUUGAAUCAAACAAAGAAUCCCAUACUUCUACGAGUUUUAGAGGAAAGAGAAAAACGCCGAGAAUGCCUUUCUCGCAAACCCAAGGAUUUUAUUGAAUCGCCACAAUCCUCGCGAUUACCAAGUCAAGAAACAUUUAAACUCGAGACCUAUGGAAGUGUUUAUGAACAGGAAACUGCACGGUCGCGGGAACCAUUUGUCUAUGAACCCAACACAUUUGACGAACGGGAAUUUUUGGAACAUCUUUAUUUGCCAGGACCCAAAAAUCGUUAUUACUACUUCAAAGCCUCGAGAGAUGGAAACUAA